CUCUGGAUGUGAAGAUUGCCUUUUGUCAGGUCUGUGUUCCUUACAGGUAAAACAAGGGAUUUGGGAAACAAGUGGAUGUGUCAUAUAUUGCCAAACAUUACAACAUGAGCAAAAGCAAAGUUGACAACCAGUUCUACAGUGUGGAAGUAGGUGACUCUACCUUCACAGUUCUCAAACGCUACCAGAACUUGAAACCUAUUGGCUCUGGGGCUCAGGGAAUAGUUUGUGCUGCAUAUGAUGCCGUCCUUGACAGAAACGUGGCCAUUAAGAAGCUCAGCCGACCAUUUCAGAACCAAACUCAUGCCAAACGAGCUUACAGGGAGCUGGUCCUCAUGAAGUGUGUGAAUCAUAAAAAUAUUAUCAGUUUAUUAAAUGUCUUCACACCACAGAAAUCUCUGGAGGAAUUCCAGGAUGUUUACCUGGUAAUGGAGUUAAUGGAUGCCAAUCUGUGCCAGGUCAUUCAGAUGGAGCUAGACCAUGAGCGAAUGUCUUAUCUACUGUACCAAAUGCUCUGCGGUAUCAAGCAUCUUCACUCUGCAGGAAUUAUUCACAGGGAUUUAAAACCAAGUAAUAUUGUGGUAAAAUCUGACUGCACGUUGAAGAUUUUGGAUUUUGGACUGGCCAGAACUGCAGGCACUAGCUUCAUGAUGACUCCAUAUGUGGUGACACGUUACUACAGAGCACCAGAAGUCAUCUUGGGAAUGGGCUACAAGGAGAACGUGGAUAUAUGGUCUGUGGGAUGCAUUAUGGGAGAAAUGGUUCGCCACAAAAUCCUCUUUCCAGGAAGGGACUAUAUUGAUCAGUGGAAUAAAGUUAUUGAGCAGCUGGGAACACCCUGUCCAGAAUUCAUGAAGAAGCUGCAGCCAACGGUACGGAACUAUGUUGAGAACAGACCCAAGUAUGCUGGCCUCACUUUCCCCAAACUCUUUCCAGACUCUCUCUUCCCAGCUGACUCAGAACACAACAAACUCAAAGCCAGCCAAGCCAGGGACCUUCUAUCAAAGAUGCUAGUCAUUGAUCCGGCCAAGCGAAUAUCAGUAGAUGAAGCCUUACAGCAUCCAUACAUUAAUGUCUGGUAUGACCCAGCAGAAGUGGAGGCGCCUCCUCCUCAGAUAUAUGAUAAACAGCUGGAUGAAAGGGAACAUACAAUCGAGGAAUGGAAAGAACUCAUCUACAAAGAAGUAAUGAAUUCUGAAGAAAAGACUAAAAAUGGUGUAGUAAAAGGACAGCCUUCUCCUUCAGGUGCAGCAGUGAACAGCAGUGAAAGCCUCCCUCCAUCCUCAUCUGUCAACGACAUCUCAUCCAUGUCUACGGAUCAAACACUGGCGUCUGACACGGACAGCAGCCUGGAAGCUUCUGCGGGACCCCUCGGUUGUUGCAGGUGACUAGCCGCCUGCCUGCGAAACCCAGCGUUCUUCAGAGGAUGAUGUAAUUUAGGAGGAAAAAUUAACAGGAGUUAAGAGAUGAAAAGGAAGAGAAAUAAAAUACAAAGAUUUAAACAAAACAAACAAAAAUAUUUUCAGCCUGCUUCUCCUACAGAGUUAUGUAAUGCAGCUAAGCUCAAGUGUAUAUUUAACU